GCGCCCUCCUCUCCUGUUGCUGUCAGGGAGUUGUAAACAGGUGGCCUGUGGCGGUGCCCGUCUCUUUCCGAGAUGACUAACUACGGGGAAUUUAAUUUGGACCUCGUAAAACAGUUUCUAAUCAAUAGAGGCGGGAAAGUUACAAACCCAGAACUAGUAAAACACUUCAGGCAUUACCUGAACGACCCUGUCCAUAAAGACGAGAUCAGGUUGAAGUUCAAGGAUUACGUGAACCGGCUAGCCUGCGUUAAAGAACAGAAUGGCGUGAAGUAUCUGCUUCUGCGGAACGAAUAUGUGGACGAACUGUGCACGAUGCCGCCCGACGUACCCCCGCCGCCGUAUACACCUGCCCGAGCAGAGCCGGACUUGUGUGCCGCAGGGUUCUCACGACAGGAGACACCGUGCCUCGGUUACUCCACACCCCCGAUCGGACAGACUCCACAAACGCCGCAGUGGCGGCAGUUUUCUCCCCAAGAAAACAUCAUGGUAGCGAACGAAUGUCCCUCUCUGGCGUUGGCUCGGGCUCCACGCAACCGGUCGAGUCCAUGUUUGCUCGAAGAUGUCAGGAGCUACGAAGACAUUCCGCCUCCCCUUCCCAAGAAGAAACACUCGUUGAACGGGAGCCCCACAAGACCGGAGGUUCCCCUCCCACCCCCGAGGGGACGCAAGAGUCACGGUCGCCGAGGGUCGCAAGUGGAGGAACGUGUACGUCAGUUCAGCGCCGAGAAGGAGCUUGAGGGGAGCCCGAACUUCAAGGAAAAGAGCGUCCAGGACGUGGCCGUGAGCCCCGGCACGGUGAAGGAGAAGACGCAGAUCAUCAAUCGCAUGUCGGAAAGCAACCUGCUCACCAAGGUAGCGGCCGGACCCGGCGGCGGCCCCGCGGCCAAGCGGAGAGACGGACCCGGGGCGCGAGCGGCGGCUGAUGACGACACAACGUCCCUGAAUACGUUGGACCCUCGUCGCCGUGAGUGGAUACUGCGAGCAGCGCAGGCGGACUACCACAGCCUCGUCCGGUUGCUUCGAGAGGACCCCGAUCUCUAUCGCUUUGAGGACUUCACAUCGGGCGUGAGUAUUUUCUCUUUGGUCUUAUCUUGGCGCCGUAAUUCUUUAAGGUGGUUCGAAUUUUAGCACGUCGAGACUCGCGUGAAAAACGGGAUUGCGAACACGGUCAACCCAAGCACGCGCAUUUUGUAACUGCGUUGCUUGCUUGCUGCGCGGAUCUCCGAAGAUCGUCACCAGUCUAGUUUUCGUGGUCUUGAUUUGUUCGGAGCUACGCGCUCGCUCUUUGCGCUUCUGUUC